AUGACUAAAGCCUGUUUUGCUCUUUUGACACCAGAAGACUUUAUUGUUGUGAAUGGUAAAAAAUACUCCUUUGAAGAUACUUACUCAGAUAUACCACCAACAGGUUUUGUUGACUUAUUUAAUACUUUAAGUACGGGUGUAACAUGUGCUGCAACUAGAGCAGGUUUCAUUAUGUUUGGAUGUCCGACUGAGUUUACUAUAAACGAUAUGAGCUAUAAUACAAAACUUAUUUCUGGUUUUUACUACCAACAGUUUCCUAUAACAGGAAAAGGUGUCAUACAAGGAAUGUCUAUUCCAUUGACAUUAAGCACACCAAUCUUAUAUAUUGUUUCAAACUUAGGUUCAAAGUGUUAUUCGAAUGUCGACAGAAACUAUUAUGACCAAAAGAUACUUAUGCGUAUAAACAAUACUUUCUCUGCUGGUUUGCCUAUUGUUCAUUCGAAUGCAGAAUUUUCAACCUUAGUGAACUCAAACACUUUGGCAAGUAUAACGUUGACAUUAGUUGACGCAAACUUUGUUCCUGUAAAACUUUUAUGUCCUAUGUAUUUGUCAAUGACGGCAGAAAGUUUCGAAUUGGAAGAUGCAACUGGUGAAAGUAUUGUAUUACAAGAACAACUUCAACAACAAAUAGCUCAAGAACAACAAAUGCAACAACAAAGUCAAGAAUAA